AUAACACAAAGUACUCAUAAUUUAAGAAUUCUUCAUUAUAUCCGCCGAGGAAUUGGGUGUGGUAAAAUUUAUUCUCAUGCAAAUGGAUCAAAACUAAGAAUAAUAAAUAAUAAGCACUUAAAGGAUCUAGUUCUUUCAAUAUUUAAUCAGUAUCCUUUACUGACUUCUAAAUAUUAUGAUUAUAUCAAGUUUAAGAAGGCAUUAGAGAUGUUAAAUGACUCUCAACUGAAAAAAUCAAAAAUCUCUGAAGUCUUGAAAAAUGGAAUGAGUGAUGUGGAUACAAUCCCUUCAGCUUGGAAUGCGAUCACCUACCCUUUUAAAAGUGCUGAUAAUGUCAAAUUAGUUAUGUCUAGACCUUGGCUUGUAGGGUUUGUUGAAGCUAAGGCUUCAUUCUUUUUAAAAGUGGUUUUUUGUCCAGAAGCAACAAAGGUUCUUUAUCAUGAAAAGGAAAAUAUUUAUGAAAUAACUACUACAAAUUUGAGAGCUAUUAAUAACAUAUCUCAUUUUUUAAAUUAUACUUUUAAAGGAAUGAAAUCAUUGGAAUUUAGAAUCUGGGCUCGUUCUAUGAAUUAUAAAAGUAAUUUGAAUAAAAUAUCUAAAGCAGCCUAUUGUUUAAUUGAGAAUGAAUUAUGUGAAUCUUUUCUUUCAACCUUGGAUACAUUAUCACCUUUAAUUGAAUAUAUAGAUGUUUCCAUAUUAGGCGGCGGCGUCUUGAUUUUGUCAAAGUCCUCAGAUAUUUUUAAUGAAUUAGAUGCUAAAUAUUAUGGGUACAAAGCUAAAAGGGACGAUAAUAAUAGCUCAAAUGUGCAUAAUCAAACAUUACAUCAAAGGCAGGAUACAAAGUUUGCAAAUCAAUCCAAUUGCCAACAUAGCUUUAGCACAACUAAAGGAGACUAUGAGCAAAAUGGACGUGGCGUUAAAAAAGAAACAGAUUCAUCAAUAGUUGAAGAAGAAGCUAAUAAAAUUAAAUCAGAUGAAACUGUAGCUGAAAACGAUGAGUAUAAAGUCAGAGAGAAAGCUUUAAUGGAUUACCGGAAACCUCUUAAAAUAAACAACAUUGAUGAUGACGACGAGACCUGGUAUACUUGUAACAAUGUAAUUCCAAAAGAAUGGCUGGGUUCGAACGACUAUAAAGAACCUGCAAAAAUCGAAUUGGAAGUAAUGAAGAGCUUAAUAAAAGAAAACGAACCUAAUAAUAAUCAAGAGGUUGGAAAAGAGGCGUCUAACUAUUACCAAGAAUCAACUGCAUCGAAGAAUUCUAGAAGAAUGCUUCAAGUUGGUUAUGGUAUUGAAAUAAAUGAACAUUAUCUAGCUAAAGAUGAGGAUAACAGAAUAAUGGAAAGUCUCAUGAGUGACAAGAAAAUGCCAAGCAGAAAUAAUGAUGACAAAGCUCCUGUCAGUGAAAAUAAAUUGCGAAGCCUACCUGACAAAUUAGAUAUAUUCGAUAUGCCCAAAGUUGAGCAAAAAGGAAGAUUAAAGAAUUCUGAACUAAGCCAUAGAGGAAUUCUAAACAUAUGGAGUGGCGAAUUAGAAGGACGAGGCUAUCAAGAAUUAGCCAAAAUAGACAAAACAGUCUUGGAUCAGGCCAAAGAAAAUCUUUAA